AUGGGUGAAGAACCAAAGCAUCAAGAUCAAAAACAGAUCCCACUCUUAGGAGAUUCAAUACCCAACAAGGAAAAACAUCAAGAAAAGCAUAGUUUUCUGCGAUGGCACCGACACAAUGCAGCUCUGACACCUUUCAAAAUCGAUAAUAAUUUGAUACAGAAGGUCAUUGGAAAGACAUUUCGAAGCACAGCCAAUUUGUCCAAUCUCCUCCCUACAGGAACAGUUCUUGCAUUUCAAAUUCUAUCGCCCAUUUUCACUAACCAAGGUCGGUGUGAUAAAACUAGCCAGUCUAUGACAGCAGGUCUUGUGACCCUUUUUGCUGUGUCUUGCUUUCUAUCAUCUUUUACAGAUAGUUUCAGGGAUGAGAAAGGGACAGUUCGUCAUGGGAUUGCAACCUUUCGAGGAUUAUGGGUCAUUGAUGGAUCUGAUACUAUUUCCCCUGAAGAAGCUUCAGAAUUUCGGCUUAAAUUGGUUGAUUUCUUGCAUGCGUUCAUGUCAGCUCUGGUUUUUGCUGCUGUCGCAUUGCUUGAUCAGAAUGUGGUGAAUUGUUUCUACCCAACACCUUCAGAUGCGACGAGAGAAAUCAUUACAGCAAUACCAGUUGGGAUUGGAAUGACUGGUAGUAUGUGUUUUAUUACGUUCCCUACUACCCGUCAUGGAAUUGGCUUUCCCCUUUCUCCUCGCUAA